AUGGCUGUGCCUGCUCUAUGGCUGUGCCUCCUCUAUGGCUGUGCCUCCUCUAUGGCUGUGCACGCUCUAUGGCUGUGCACGCUCUAUGGCUGUGCGCGCUCUAUGGCUGUGCGCGCUCUAUGGCUGUGCCUGCUCUAUGGCUGUGCCUGCUCUAUGGCUGAGCGCGCUCUAUGGCUGUGCCUGCUCUAUGGCUGUGCGCGCUCUAUGGCUGUGCCUGCUCUAUGGCUGUGCGCGCUCUAUGGCUGUGCCUGCUCUAUGGCUGUGCGCGCUCUAUGGCUGUGCGCGCUCUAUGGCUGUGCCUGCUCUAUGGCUGUGCGCGCUCUAUGGCUGUGCCUGCUCUAUGGCUGUGCGCGCUCUAUGGCUGUGCCUGCUCUAUGGCUGUGCGCGCUCUAUGGCUGUGCCUGCUCUAUGGCUGUGCGCGCUCUAUGGCCGUGA